UUAAUAGAUAUUUGAUUUCAUUAUUGCUGUCAAAUAAUUCAUUUAAAUGCCUGUUUCUUUCACUCUUACUGAAAAUGUGUAUGUCCAUCCUGUUGUCGAAAGUGCAAUUUUAGUACGUUGCCUAAACUACCUACUCUAGCUGGCAACCACGUUCAUUCAGCAAAUAUUACGUUGAUAAAUUUCUUUUUGUAAAAAAUCUUUUAUUUAUUCAUGCGUCGUGAAAUUGAAUAGGUGUGAAUUAUUCAAUAUUUUAAUUGUGUAUAACGGACGCCGUGGAUAUAAGACGUGUUAUUUUAAGUUUACGACAAUGUUCCAUAGAAGUUUAGUAAGAACUUUGACCAGUAAAAGUCGGUUAUUAAAAAUGAAUUUUGGGACAAAUUCCUGUAAAUAUACUAAUAUGAGGCCGCUGUCAACAACCCAAUUAGCUUUGAACACAGACAAAGUGAAGGUAACAUUCGUUCUUCACGACGGCAAGCGGCUGGAGGCGGAAGCUAAGGUCGGGGACACACUGCUCGACGUGGUCGUGAACAACGACCUCAACAUCGAGGGGUACGGCGCGUGUGAAGGCACCCUUACUUGUUCCACAUGUCACGUGAUACUGGAUCCGAAGGAUUUUGACAGGCUACCAGAAGAGGCGUGCGAGGUUGAGAAAGACAUGCUUGACCUCGCGUACGGCCUGACGGAUACCUCGCGCCUUGGGUGCCAAAUCACCCUGACCAAGGAUCUUGAUGGGUUGGAGGUCAAGGUCCCAGAGACGAUAAACGAUGCCAGGAGUUGAUGUUCAAGGAUUCGAUCGAUUUAACUUAAAUGACAAGGUCAAGGCGCCACCCUAGGCCAGGUUAAGUAAUACCACAGAAUAUGUUAGAACUAGGCAUUGUUAUACCACGCAAGUAAGUCACAUGGGUUUUUAAUAAGUAUACAAAUUUACCAAUAUUUUUCUUUGGUAAAGUAUGGAUGAACUUUUGCUAGUUACAAGUUGAAAAAAAAAGUAACUGAAUUAAUUUCUGUAAGUAUUUUAUUAAUCUUUUCUAAAAAUAAUUUUCAAUGUUUGUCUCAUUUAUCUUACAAUUAGUGUGUACUUCAAUGUUUAAUACCCCUAUGUGAUGUUAAAAUAAUUAUUGAUAAUUGAAUUUAAUAUACUUCCGGCAAAAAUAAUAUUUAAUAUUAAACAAUCAAAUAGCAUAAUUAUGUGUGUAACCAAUGUUGCAGCUAUUUAUUAAAAUAUAAUUUUAAUAAAAAAAACUAAUAUUAUAACAAUUACCUACAUACAUAAUAUUGUUUAUGUAUUUAAGAUUGGAAAAAAAAAAUAUUUUUUAAAUAUAUGUCGCAAAUAUGGUAUGUAUAACCCGAUUAAAUAAACAAGCGCCAUUUUCAGUAUGUAUUGUAUUUCAAUAGGUGCAAAUUUAAUUAACUUGGUCAUAACUGGCUUGGGGUGACAGGACACAGGAUAUGCUCAAGUUUUCAUACGUCACUACUUUCACUAUCAUUUUCUUUACAAAUUUCAUCUUAAUUUAAAUAUGGCGGGCGCUCUAUUUAACGGAAAAGAGCUACGGACUUAGUACACGAAAGUGCGUGUUUAUGAAAACUUAAGCGUACAGAAGAGUUACGAACAAAUAUUUCAAUGUGUUUAAUUUUUAUGAACAUUAAUUUUAAAUAGCUAUAUUCCAUAGGGAUGAGAGAGAAGAAUAUAAUUCUCUUUGUCAUCAUAGAUAGUAGAAGUUGUUGCCCAAGGCGUCGCUUCCAUGGGAAAAUGACAAUAUUAUUUUACCACAGACAAAUGAUAUAAUAUUCUAAACCUAGUUUUUUUUUAAAUGAAUAUAACUGGGAUCCACGUUUUAAACUUAAAAUUCAAAUAUUACAAGAACAACAGAAUAUAAAAGAGACUACAAAAUUAUUUUAUUAUGUUUGACCAUAUGUUACUGUUUUAUUUUUAAGUAUAGUUUUUACAAAGUUGUUUUGCUAUUUAAAAUAUUAGACAAUGAUGCAAAUAAUCAUUUUAUUAUAACAAUAAUAGAUAGUUAUUACAAUUUAUUGUAUGCCCGGAACAUAACUUGACCUAUACAUAUUGGUAUAGUCAUGUCAUGAUAACCCUCCGGUUGUGAGAGGAAAAUGGUUGGCGGCUAUGGCGCCUGCGCAGACCGCUGCCAUUUUGGUUCAGGUUAUGUGCCCGGAUGAUAAAAAUGCUGUAGAUGAUAUUUUCUUUUGUUAAUUUUCUAUUUCUCAUCUUCUCUUCAUCUUUGUGUUUUCGGUCGCGUUCGUUUUGGGGCCGCCAUUAAAGCAUGUAAAUUUUACAUGCCGUGACAUGGCAAAGGUUUUCUUGAUCCGGCUCUAAGAUUUUUGGGAAAUUAAGGUGGUAUCGAACCAUACAUAUGUAUGGCCAAUCGCACUUGACAAUUCAACAUUUUUACUUAUAUUUAAUUACUAGGUGACUCGGCCACACCUGAAUAUUGUUAAAUCAAUAAAAAACUUAUAAAAUAACAAAAAACUAUUUAGUUUUUAAAUUAAAUGUGUCCAAUUUUAAUCGUUAAGUAUGUACGUACAUGAUUUGACAAAUAAAGUUAAAUUUAUUCAAUAAAUUUACAGUUGCUAAAAUACAUAUAACCGAAUUAUGACUAAAAUAUUUGUUAAAAAAUUGGUCAGUAAUAUCGUGUUUCAUCACUGACACGAAAUUUUUAUAAAGGUGUUAACACUGAAUUGUAAAGUGUGGUACGCUGGCCCCGUAGGCGCGACCUUAUCGUUUUGUGUCUGUAGCUUAUAAAUGACGAGUUGUAAGAGAAAUGUUGUAAUUUUGUUUAUGUAUAAAUGAGUUUAUAUAUAUAGUUGAUAUAAAUAUAUUGAGAUUUAUUUUA